UUGAAGAAGGGACCCAGACUCCCGAGGCCGCCAUUAAUAUCCUUUCCCUCCCAACCUUCUCUCCCUCUCUUUAAUGCUUCACUUCUCGCUUUAGUCAACUCUCCCCUCUUUCUCUCCCUCUCACGGAAAUACAACCGAUAAAGCUAACAACAGAUAAACCCGCGCCUUCGACUUAAUAAAGAAUUUGUUGAUAUGGGGAUUUGUUUGAGUGCUAGAGUCAAAGCUGAAAGCCCACCUCAUCCCCGUCUAAACUCGCAAUAUGUUAGCUCAGGCUCGAAUAAUAUGAGCACUGAUUGCAGCAACAACUCGACAACUUCUGUUCCACCUACUCCUCGGACUGAGGGUGAGAUUUUGCAGUCACCUAACCUCAAGAGCUUCAACUUUUCUGAUCUCAAGGUGGCCACCCGAAACUUCCGCCCAGAUAGUGUGCUUGGAGGAGGUGGAUUUGGCUCCGUUUUCAAAGGUUGGAUCGAUGAGAACUCUUUCACUGCUACCAAGCCUGGGACGGGCAUGGUCAUCGCAGUCAAGAAGCUCCACCAGGAAAGUUUUCAAGGCCAUAGGGAGUGGUUGGCAGAAGUGAACUAUUUGGGGCAGUUUUCCCAUCCCAAUCUCGUGAAGCUUAUUGGCUAUUGCUUGGAGGAUGAUUAUAGGCUUCUGGUUUAUGAGUUCAUGCCUCGUGGGAGCUUGGAGAAUCAUCUCUUUCGAAGGGGUUCGUACUUCCAACCUCUUUCUUGGAAUCUUCGCCUUAAGGUGGCUCUUGGAGCUGCAAAGGGGGUUGCUUUUCUUCACAGCUCUGAAGCUAAAGUCAUUUAUAGAGACUUCAAAACUUCUAACAUACUUCUCGACUCGAGCUACAAUGCAAAACUUUCUGAUUUUGGAUUGGCCAAGGAUGGGCCGACUGGCGAUAAAAGCCAUGUGUCCACGAGAGUCAUGGGAACCUAUGGCUAUGCAGCCCCAGAAUAUCUUGCUACCGGUCAUUUGACUACAAAGAGUGACGUUUACAGCUAUGGAGUGGUGCUCCUUGAAUUGUUAUCGGGCAGGAGAGCCAUCGAUAAGAAUAGGCCGUCUGGCGAGCACAAACUUGUAGAGUGGUGCAGACCCUUCCUAGCCAACAAGCGCAAGGUCUUCCGCAUCAUGGACAACCGCCUAGAAGGGCAGUACUCGAUGGAAGUCGCUCAAAAAGUGGCGAACCUUGCUCUGCGAUGUAUAUCCUUGGAGCCUAAGCUGAGGCCGAAAAUGCAAGACGUAGUGAAAGAACUCGAGCAGAUAAAAGACUCCACCAAGAGCACAGACAGCAAUGCCAGCAAAAGCCGCGAUGGAUCUAGGCAGCGCAGACGAAGCGCAGGCGAUGUUAUUCCUAGCAGCAAAGUCGCACACACUGCUUAUCCAAGGCCUUCGGCAUCUCCACUUCACUCCAAAUAGGGAAACCCCAGAACCCUUUUUAACUUUAUUACAGGGAACAAAAGCUAAUCAAGGAGUGUGUGUGUGUGUCUGUCUGUCUGUAUAGUUGCUCUUUUGCAAAUUUCUUGUGACAUGUUUGGAUGUUAACAAUUUCUCACAAGAUUUUUCUUGAUGAGGUUACAAGUGGUUUAUACUCCCUCCGUCCCAUAUUUUUAUAAAAAUAUGUGCAUUUUCCA